AUGUUCGACCACAAGCACGAAGGCCAAGCUAGCAGCGAUAAGAAGCUUGCAAAGCCUACAAUUGAAGAACGCUCCAUCGCACCUACAGAGACGGCUUCUAUCGCACCAAGCGAAUCCGCCUCCAAUGCGCCUCUCGUUGACCACGCUGCCCAUGGCGCUGAGGAUGCCGCAGGAUCGUCCGAUGAGCAUCCUCGUCGCAAAUCCCUCUUCCAGCGCUUCAAGGACGAGCGCGCCGAACGCAAAGCCCAGCAUCGCAACUACUACGACAACGGACCAUACCAAUUCGUCUUCGACCCGGUCCAGGGUAAAGAAGUGCUGAUGAAGAACCCACACUGGCCGUACGAGGACAGUUAUGAGCGCGAGAAUGUCGGCUUGACGGUCAAGAAGGGUAUGGAGGGUGCGCCGGACUUCGUCAAGCAACAGACGGGCAAAUGGGGCCAGACGAGUGAUUCGUCGGCGCAGGAAUACUGGAAUGGAACCACAGCUGGGAUUCUGUGA